CUGCCCCUUGUGCAAAGCUCCAUCCAUAUUAUUUCAACCAAAUCCGCAUAUGCUGCUCUCGGGCUGGCUGGUUGCUGUUGCUAUACUGCUGCUAGAUAAAAGUGAUUUUACUCGUAACGAAUAAUCGUUGGUUGGCCCUCCCAGUUAGUACAAUAGUGGAAUCUGUCAGCAAAAUUCCCAUUUUGCUUCGUGGUCAGUGUGUUCCGCAAAACUACAGCAGCGACCGCGAGGAGGAAAAAAAGGAACACUCGUUUUUUUUUGUUUCGGUAAAUCCGUGAUCCGUCGUCGUCGCCGCCGCGUAUGUCGUGUGUGUGUGUGUGAAAGUAGUUGGACAGAGCGCACAGACUAUAACCUACAACAAUAGCGAAAAGGUAGCGGAAUUUGGGCUGCGCGCUGGUGAUAGCUAAAAACACACCUUCCCCGAAAGAGACAACGGGGCCCCCUCGGUCCCAGGAAGGCCAUUGUGCACGAUAUUUGCGACACGAAAUAUCCGAGUGCUGCUGCUGCUGGAUCUAGUUUUCCAUUUUCCUUUCCGCUCUGCGGUUUCGAGCGAGGAAGAGUAGUGUGCUUUGAAAGUCUUCAUUUUUCUUUCUUUCGAUCGUUCAGUUCGGUUUUUAGUGUAAAAGCGUUUUGCUGUGGUGUUUAAAUUCCAACCAAGCAGAGAAGAGUGUAGAAAUUGAUGCCGAACAACGGCUGAUGGUUGUUUUCGCCGUUUUUAUUUUGGGCUCUAUUUUAGUUUUUUUUCCUCAUUCGUGUGUGUUUGACGACCUUUACUUCGCUGGUAGUUUCGUGCUGUCCGAAGAAGUCGGGCUGAGGUUUUUAGUUUAGUGAGAAGCCUGAAAUAGUUCCAGCCAUUGCAUUUUUAGUGCACCACCCCGCGGCAUACAAGAGUGUGGAUAAAUCGAAGCAGCGAAAAAAUAAAGUAGUGUGUUGGUGUGUGCCACGGAGAAGUAGCUCGAGGUGUUCUGUGUGCAGAGUUGGUACGGAACGCGAGAAAGCUAACAACCGUCGUCGUCGGUUGACGAGACGGGAACGAAGUGGAGGAAAACAACAGAAGAGCGACAACAUAAAAGUAGUUACUGCAAACCCUCCGUGUGCGGUGUUGUUUUGCGGGAGAAACCCGACUAGGCCCUCGCAAGGAUGGAUUACUUUGUGAAGGGAAGCAUAGUAAACAUUAAACGAAGCGAUGGUCGCGUACAUUCCGCGAUGGUGUCCCGUAUCCACGAGGCGUCACGCUCGGUCACCGUGGAAUGGUACGAGCGUGGCGAAACCAAGGGCAAGGAAGUCGAGCUGGAUAUGCUGCUCGAGCUGAACAAACCGGAACUGCUGGCCGACGCGGCCAACAGCGAUUCGACGCUUGUGCCACAGAUCAACAAAAAGGACCACAUCACUCCGGCACCAACGAACCUCGCUCGGGAAUCCUCGCAAUCAUCGGCGGAAGACGAUGGUUUCCUGGAUGACCAGGACGAUCCGGGUCUGGUUCAGAACAACAACAACCACAGCAACAAUGGCAAUGGCAAUAAUAAUAAUGGCACUAGCAACGGAACCAGCAAUGGAACCAGCGGGAAUGGACCGGGACUUGGCGGUGGGACCAUGCCGAUUAGCCGGUCCACGAAUGCGGCGUCCAAGGCGAAUGCUACACAAGGUGCAAUCAGCAGGCUCAACAUGGUAAAUGGAGCUGCCAGAGCAGCCCGAACCUCACUGGCACCAACCUACACCGGGCAGGACCAGUCCGAAAACAUUCCUCCGCAGAAAGCCAAACAGGCAAAGGCACAACCACCAACCAGCCGCAUGUCGAUGGUUUCCCAGCCGACACCGGCCGCUGUUAGCCAGAUCCCUCAGUCCGUCGCAGCGGCAACGACGGCAGCCCAGCUUAGUCAGGCCGCCAGCAACUCGCGGCGAUCCUAUGUCGUCAAAGAGGUCGAGCGGUUGAAGGAAAAUCGGGAAAAACGACGAGCCAAACAGGCCGUCAUACGGGAGGAAAAGAAUGCCCUCAUGAACAUGGAUCCGGGUAAUCCGAACUGGGAACUGGCAGCAAUGAUCCGCGAUUAUCAGAGCCAAAUCGAUUUUCGACCGCUGCUGGAUGGGCAGGUCAUCGAGGACCAUCAGAUUACGGUUUGUGUCCGCAAGCGACCCGUAAGUCGGAAGGAGAUGAUGCGCAAGGAACUGGAUGUGAUUUGUGUGCCUACGAAAGAUACGUUGAUAGUUCACGAACCCAAAACUAAGGUUGAUUUGACCAAGUUUUUGGAGAACCACAAUUUUCGAUUCGAUUACGCUUUCGAUGAUUCCUGCAGCAAUGAGUUGGUUUACAAAUACACCGCCAAACCGUUGGUCCAAACGAUUUUCGAAGGUGGCAUGGCCACCUGUUUCGCCUACGGUCAAACCGGUUCCGGCAAAACACACACGAUGGGAGGUGAUUUCAAUGGGAAGGUACAGGACUGCAAAAACGGUAUCUACGCUAUGGCGGCCAAGGACGUUUUCGCCUAUCUAAAUAGCGCAAAGUACAGCCAUCUUAAUCUAGUGGUAUCGGCGAGUUUCUUCGAGAUCUACAGUGGAAAGGUAUUCGAUCUUCUAUCGGACAAGCAGAAACUUCGCGUCCUCGAGGACGGCAAGCAGCAGGUGCAGGUCGUCGGGCUCACCGAGAAGGUGGUCGAUUCCGUCGAGGAGGUUCUCGGUAUAAUCAACCACGGCAACAGCACCCGUACCUCGGGUCAAACAUCGGCCAAUGCCAACUCUUCGCGGUCCCAUGCCGUAUUUCAACUGGUGGUUCGACCGAGCGGUUCCACCAAAAUUCACGGCAAAUUCUCCUUCAUCGAUUUGGCCGGUAACGAGCGGGGAGCGGACACAUCUUCCGCCAACAGACAGACCCGUAUGGAAGGGGCCGAGAUUAACAAAUCGCUGCUAGCGCUGAAGGAGUGCAUCCGAGCGCUGGGCAAGCAGAAUGCUCAUCUGCCGUUCCGUGUCAGCAAGCUGACGCAGGUACUGCGAGAUUCCUUCAUUGGAGAGAAAAGUCGAACCUGUAUGAUUGCGAUGAUUUCGCCGGGACUGAGCUCGUGUGAGCACACGCUGAAUACGCUGCGGUAUGCGAACCGCGUCAAGGAACUGGUUGCCAUUGAUCCGUCCGAGCGAUCGGACGAUGUUGAACCGAUGGAAAGUGAUGAGCCAAAGAAUGGGGUCCUAACGGAGAAUGAUUUGGCCCAGCUGCGGUCGUUGAAUGAACACGAUAUGUCGGUUGAGUUGUACAACCAGCACGCGGCCAUUUCGGACCUGCAGCAAACGGAGGAGGAAGUUGUGGAUCAUCAUCAGAAGGUGAACGAAUUCCUGAUGAAGUUUUUGCCCGAAUCUCGGGAGCUUUACAAACAGACCAACUACGUGGACUACGAUCAGGACGCAUACUGCAAACGUGGCGAGGAACUGUUCACCCAGCUGGCGGAGAUUGCGACCACCUGCAAGGAUCUGAUGUCGGAGUUCCGCGCCAAGCUGGCCAAGGAGGAGAUGCUGUCGCACAAGAUUAACCCCGAACGAAAGUAUAAGUAGUAAGCCCAAUGGAACUAACAACAGUGCAGCGCUUGUCGUCCGUGCGUGUGUAUGUGUGUGUGUGCGUACCUUUCUGUGGUUGGUUCUUUUUUCUGUUUUUGUUUUCUGAUGGUUGGUGCAACAAACCGAUGCGCCCUCCCCCGGCAGCUGUGCUCCCAACUUGAUCUGCUUGUACCGUUUCGGCGACGGCGGGUUUAUAUCUCUGAACAGGAAAAUGUUGAAAAAUUGUUACGAAAAAUAAAACCACAAAACAAAACGCGCUAUAACGGCAGUACUGAUGAACCAAGACAAGGAAGUCGUGUAGUAGAGGAAGACGAAAACAAAGGAUUUUUUGCGGGGAAUGCAAAGAAUAUUUAUUUAUUUAACAUUUUCGUGUCAGUUUUAUGUCUUUUUUUACACUAAUACCGCACUACUGAUGAAUAGAAUAAAUUAAAAGCAAGUUACGUUACGAGAAAGCGAUGAUUCUGAACCGAUGUUGAUGAGUGUAUGUAAAGGAAGGAGAGACAGUCCUAACACAGAGCAAAACUAUUUUACCGAUAGUUCUAGUGGCUUAGAAAACGAAGAAAACCAACAAGACAUUUAAUCCAAUAUAAGAAGAAAACUAUAUCAUUAAAACACAUAUUUUGCUUGUGCGAAACACUACAAAUUCAUUCCCUCUCUUCUCCGCAGUAGUAGAAAAAACCGUUGAGUAGACUGGCAACAUGACCAACUUAUAAUUGUUAAGUAUGCAAACUAAUUGACCUAUUGCUAACUCUCUUGUUGAAAUGAAAAACUGCUCCCCGCCGCCCCUGAAACAUUACACUUUUUCCUGCUGCUUUUUCCGUCGUCACUAGGUGUUAAAGGUAUUGUUGUUUGAUUUUCUUUCUCGAAUAAUCUACCAAAUCCUUUUCGAAAUCGAAAGAUGAACCGUGGUAAUUUGGGCAACGCACAGCUCAAGCAUGGGUCUGGAGCUUGCCCAUCAACCAACGAGUAAGCGUAUUUUCUGCUCAUUGAUUCCCUAGUACUUAUUCAAGUAGUCUAACCGUAUCCAACAAUGAGAGACUCCCUUUAGUUACUUUCUCUUUUGAUAAUUACGGCGCCAUUACAAAACUUUUCAAUUAUUUUUAUUACUACAUAUCGAAUGAUGAUUAUUUUGGCUUUGCACAUGUGUCAUGCAACGUGUUAACCCUCCGGAAGUCGCACAACCGCUGGUGCGCUAAGAGUGUUUCGCCAGAUUUCUAGAGCGGCGUGCAAUCAGUGCACUUGCGUGAGUGAAGGAAGGUUUAGGGACAACCGUUAGAAAAGACUGAAUAAUUUACAGAAGAAAAAGUAAAUAACGAGAGUCGUUCAUUGUUACACACGUAUAUUUGAAAAAGUUCUCAGGAAUUAUAUAUCGACCGCAAAACCUAGUGACGAUGGAGAAAAGUGACUUUAGAAUUAAAAAAAAACUGCUUGCAGAGAGAAGGAUGGAAAUGAUUGAAAUUUAAAUGUAGAUAGUAAUAGCUUAUAUGAAUGAAUAACAAAAUAAAACAAGUAAAAGACGACACUAAACAAAGCAGAAACAAGUUUACUAUUAGUCGGAAGAAAAGUAGAAAUUAUCUAAGGAAUUUCGUUUGUUUUUCUUUUCCUGCCUAGAGAUUAUUUUUUGUCCGAGUGUAUGAUCAAAAAUUUUUAAGCAAACAGGCAGUUAAUAUGCAUGCUAAUUAAGUUUAUCGUUCUUUCACACGAUUCUACGAUGUUUUAAUACGAUAACAUCGAUAGGCCGGUAGAUUUUUCUUUUAUUAGCUUCGUUUCCUCUCUUGUAGCUUGCAUAUGUAAACAAAACACAACAACACACAAAGUUCUAGUAGACACAAAUCUUGAACGAUGAACCCGGCACCACUGACAAGUCUAAGAACGAGCCGGCGAAUCGGAUGAUUUAAAAAAAAUGAAGAUUUUCGCAAUUAUUGCAGUUUAUACAGUGAUUAUUUCAUUAACCUUGUUUUUUAUAAUGAUUCAAUGAUCCCUUUUUUACUCAUCUCAAAAUGGUAACAAUCAAAAUUAACUGAAGAAA